CGCUCACCGCGAUUCAUCCUCUACUCUAGAGCAGUAGAGCGCUCAGCAGACGAGAUGCAUCGUUCUAUCCUUAUUAUCCCAGCGCUCCUGCUCCUGGCCGGUGCUGUCUCGGCCUGGCUUCCCCAGGAGCGCAACUUGGCUGCUUUCAACCAGACGGCUCGCUUCGAACAGCUUGGCAAGCGCUUCGAGCCGUCUCUGGCCAAGGCCAAGGGCAUCAACAAAAUCAGGGGCGUUAAUUUGGGCGGCUGGCUCAUCUGUGAGCCGUGGAUGAUGCGUGAUGAGUGGGACAACGUCAUGGGUUGCAAGGGGGCUGCCUCGGAGUUCGACUGCAUGCUGAAAAAUUACGGUGGAAGCAAACGAGACGCAGGCAACGACAAGUUCGAGACUCACUGGAAGACUUGGAUCAAUCCCGCCAGCAUCCAAUCAGCCCACGAUGUUGGCCUGAACACGAUCCGUAUUCCCAUCGGGUACUGGUCUAACGUAGACAUUGCCGACAAGGCCAGCGAGCCUUUUGCCGACGGCAACAGGAUGCUCCCCUACCUGGACGCCGUCGUCCAAAAGGCCGCUGACCUUGGCAUGUAUGUCAUCAUCGAUCUUCAUGGGGCUCCACGCGGUCAGCAAGAGGACGUCUUUACCGGCCAGAACAACAAGCCGGCUGGUUUCUUCAACGACUACGACUUUGACCGCGCCCAGAAGUGGAUGUCGUGGAUGACCAAGCGCAUCCACACAAACCUUGCCUACGCCACCAAGCUCACUCUAUCCAAUUAUUCUAGAUAG